CCCGCGAAAGAGCCGUCCGUCAAUCACUUCCGGGGUCAACAAAGCUUUCACCAGAAAGGUUAUCUAACUAACGUGUACAAUGAAGAAGAUCACAUGAAACAUUCUCAUCACAUUGGUUCCCUCUAUAAAGUUAAGGUGAAGUGACAUCCUAUCGCAAUGAGCGUCCCAUGUCUACUGUCCAGGGCUGCUCGAAGCUUCACAUUGCUGGGGGCGUCCGGUGUGCUGCUACACCGGUUCCGUGUAUUGUGCCCUUGUUCGAUCACAAGGCAUUUUUGUUGCCUUUUCAGGAAAAUGUCAUCCAGAAGACAAAUGGACCAUCUAGAGAGGACAGCCAGCAACUACAGACAAGAUGGUGUAUAUCCGGCGCAGGUAUGUGGCAUCAUGGACGAGUCUGAGACAGUGAAACGCCUCCGGCUAGCUGUCCAUCCAGACUUCACUUUCAGAGCUGGCCAGUGGGUGGACUUCUUCAUCCCUGGUAUGGAGAAGGUAGGAGGAUUCUCUGUGUGUUCCAGUCCAGGUCUGCUGCAGAAAGAGGGUGUCAUCGAGCUGGCUGUCAAAUACACACAACAUCCCCCUGCACACUGGAUACACACCAAGUGCACCAUGGACUCCCAUGUAGCGAUGCGUGUGGGUGGUAACUUUUUCUUUGACCCCUUGCCCUCUGACCCCUCUGUCGACCUGUUGUUGGUGGCUGGGGGCGUGGGCAUUAACCCUCUAUACUCCAUCCUGCUCCAUGCCGCUGACCUGCUACGACAGAACCCCACUAACGCAGGGAGUGGCUACCACAUAGGCUCCACCCACCUCUGCUACAGUGCCAAGAACACACAGGAGCUGCUCUUCAAGAAAAGCAUCAUAAAUGUGUGUAAGGAAUUCCCAGAGAAAUUCUCCUGUGACUUCCACAUCACCGCACAGACCGCAGACAUCGACCAGGAACUCCAACCGUACAUGAACCGUGGGAGGCUGUCAGAGGGGGGGUUGCGUUGCCGUGUCGACCCGAACACCACUCUGUGUUACCUGUGUGGCCCUCCACCCAUGAUAGAGAGCGUGGUCCAGACCCUACUCAGCCUAGGCCUAUCCCAGGAAAGGAUACUGUUUGAGAAGUGGUGGUAGUCUGUACUAGAGACAGACCUCAUCAUCUCACCCCGGCCUAACUAUCCCUGCUCUCUCCUCCAGUGCCUAGGAGAUCAGACCAAGCACCUGCCCACGUUACCAUGGCAACAUCUCAAGGAGUAUUGGACCAUAUUUGUCUGGAGCUGCACACAUUUUAUUUAUUUUACUUCACCUGAACAUACUAGGGCUGUGAUUGUCAUGUAUAACUGACCGUUAAUUAACAUACACAUUUAGCAUCUCCUGGCUUCCACUCAUAGCCUACAAGCCCCUGAUGCAGACUGUUGGAACAUCUACACUACCGUUCAAAAGUUUGGGGUCACUUAGAAAUUUCCUUGUUUUUAAAAGAAAAACACUUUUUUUUUUGUCUUAAAAUAACAUCAAAUUGAUCAUAAAUGCAGUGUAGACAUUAAUGUUGUAAAUGACUGCAGAUUUUUAAUGGAAUAUCUACAUAGGUGUAUAGAGGCCCAUUAUCAGCAACCAUCACUCCUGUGAUCCAAUGGCACGUUGUGUUAGCUAAUCCAAGUUUAUCAAUUUAAAAGGCUAAUUGAUCAUUAGAAAACCCUUUUGCAAUUGUGUUAGCACAGCUGAAACCUGUUCUGAUUAAAGAAGCAGUAAAACUGGCCUUAGACUAGUUGAGUAUCUGGAGCAUUAGCAUUUGUGGGUUCGAUUACAGGCUCAAAAUGGACAGAAACGAAGCCCUUUCUUCUGAAACUCGUCAGUCUAUUCUUGUUCUGAGAAAUGAAGGUUAUUCCAUGUGAGAAAUUGAGAAGAAACUGAAGAUCUCGAACAACGCUGUGUACUACCUUCACAGAACAGCGCAAACUGGCUCUAAAAAAGAAUAGAAAGAGUGGGAGGCCCCAGUGCACAACUGAACAAGAGGACACGUGCAUUAGUGUCUAGUUUGAGAAACACUCUUCAACUGGCAGCUUCAUUAAAUAGUACCUGCAAAACACCAGUCUCAACGUCAACAGUGAAGAGGUGACUCCUGGAUACUGGCCUUCUAUGCAGAGUUAAUCUGUCCAGGGUCUGUGUUCUUUUGCCCAUCUUAAUAUUACAUUUUUAUUGGCCAGUCUGAGAUAUGGCUUUUUCAUUGCAACUCUGCUUAGAAGGCCAGCAUCCUGGAGUCAACUCUUCACUGUUGAUGUUGAGACUGGUGUUUUGCGGGUACUAUUUAAUGAAGCUGUCAGUUGAGGACUUGUGAGGAGUCUGUUUCACAAACUUGACACUCAUGUACACGUCCUUUUGCUCAGUUGUGCACCGGGGCCUCCCACUCCUAUUCUGGUUAGAGACAGUUUGCACUGUUCUGUGAAGGGGGAUGCAUGUGCUGUUUCUUGCCUUACAAGCUUGGAAUAAUUCACAAGUGAUAGGCUAAAAUUGUCACCCAUCAGACUAUUCUUGAUUUAAUCUUGUCUUUACAUAAACUAAAUGUCAUCCAUGCACUUAUAGCAGAUGGAGGACACUUUUCCUGUGGUUCAUUUUCAUGCCAGCCAGGUAGGAUAUACUCCUGUUGUAAAGAGAAGCAAUGUGCUUAAUAGUAUAAGUAAAUAUAGUAGGCCUGUCCCAUAGAAAGCUGAUUGGAUCCUCUUUUUAAGAAGCCAUCAAACAACAAAACUCAGCAAUUGCAUAGCCUAUAGAAAUGUUGGGCAACAUGAGCUCAUGGGCUCUCAUUAAGUGUUUGAUUACAUUUUCCAAUACAUUUGCAUUUAUGUCAGUGAUUAGAGGGACAAUAGAACGCUAACCUAGUCGUUAGCAAGUUUGGUAGGCUAAUGAGUGAGCUUGGAGAAGCCAUGUUACCGUGACGAAACAGUCACAUGGAAUCUGACUGCGGUCAUGACUCGUGACCACUGGGGUGGCGGUAAUAUGGUCACCAUAACAGCCCAAGUCUCUACCAGGUACUAAAUUGAACAUCUGGCCUGACUCGGGUACAACUUGAAUAAAUGAACACAUCUUUACCAUGAAUAUUCACUUGACUCAGGUGUUCAUCAAAUGCAAUGAACAUAAGUUGAACAAGGCUCAUUGCACUGAGCCUGACUGAUUUUGACCUCUAGUAUAAAAUGGAUAUAAAAGUUUCUUGAUGGUGCACAUUGCCCAGUGGAGAAACGUUCAACUGUUUUCUGAGUAUGAAAAUAAAUCAUUUUAUUCAGUGGAUAUAGUUUGAGGAAAUAAUGUGUAUGUGCAAUUAUGUACAGUAUAAUUAUCUGAUAAUCUUUUUUCUUGCAGUAGAAAAAUGUAUAAGGGAAUGUUUUUCAAACGAGACCGAGCCAAGUCUGGCUAACACCAGCUCUCAAAGUCUUUCUGACUGUAGUCACGUGGGUCGCGUCAGCCAGGCUAGACCGAACCACACAGCAGAACCCCUGUUUAUACCCGGUGCUAACAUGAUCCCUGUGUCCUGAUCUUUUCCACAUUCUGAUUGUGCCCACAUUUUUUGAAGUUUAAAUGAUUCUAAUAACUGAUUGUGAUUAGAUAGUUGGGGAUGAUUUGAUGGGUUAGAUGACCGCUCUGUGGAUGGAGUCAAAUAAAAGGAAACCCUUUCAGAGAGGUGGAUGGAGGGCUGUGAACAGCAAGGUUGUGCAUUUGAAUCUCAAUGCGACUUGUUUUCCAACCCUACACACCGUAACUAAUCACAUUUUAGUGUCUUACUGAAGAACUUCAAAUAUGUGAAAAACAAGUGUGGUGCUCUCCCCAUACUGGCGCAAUGGACGAGGCACUGGGGAUAGGGACCAGAAGGUCCCAGGUUCUAAUCUUUGAUGCCCCUUUUCAAAAAGGUAUAUUUAUAGCCCUGGUUACACCUUGCAUUAAAAUGUGGUUUCGUUAUCUGAUCAAGGUGGUUGAAUGAGAAUGUAGACACACUCAGCACACAUUGUUAGCACCAGAUAUAAAGGGACUAGAGAGAAAAUCACACCAGCGAGUGUAUUUAUAGAAAGUUUUUUUUUAAACUAUGCAGACCUUAACACAUCUAUCACACACAUCCUGGAAAGUGUCCCCUCAUCCCAUCUCUUCCUCUCACACAUCCUGGCAAGUGUCCCCUCAUCCCAUCUCUCUCUUCCCACUUACACACACACCAUGACUUCUUCCAAUCAUCACACACCCAUCCAGGCCUGAAAUCGCACACACACCUCUCACAAAUGAGUUUGCAUAUACAGAGGCAGAGGGGGAUCUGUCAUGGUGCACUGUAACAUAACCUCCUGGUGGUCCAUGUCCGCUGAAAUAGUUUUGUUUUGCUCCACAGAUGUGAGAAGACAGAUGUGAGAGUUGAAAUAAAAUAAAACGAAGUCAGUA